AUGCUUUAUCUGAAACCAUCUGAUAUACGAUAUAGUCAGGAUUCUAUUGGGUCUCAUUUCGGAAAAGGAACAAUUCAUUCUUAUAAACGUAUAGGAGAAACCCUUGAUGAUUUACUGCUGAAGAGAACAACAUUAGAUCAAAUUCCAACAAUAACCGUCUCUCAGCUCAAUGGAUUGACGUUUACAUCAGACAAUAGAAGGCUAUGGGUAUUCAAGAAACUAGAAGAACUUGGUGAAUGUGAGGAAAUUGAAGUACGUUUUGGAUAUAUACAGCCAUCCAAAUUCACAACAAACAGCUCUGGAAUCUCGAUCCGGGUUCGUGGAGAUCCUGGGGGAUGUGUUUGGAGAACUUGGAAUAGUGCCAGGAUGAGUGCGACGCCCUCUAGUAAUGAAGGGAAUGGCUCACUCAGAUACAGGUUAGACAUGUUGAGAAGAGAAGGAAUCCAAAGUAGAUACGAACAGCGAUACGAAGAAGCUUUAUUUUCAUUAGGUAACGCUCAGUUUGGUCCAUCUUCCAUGGUUGCUCAGACCCCUGUAAUUAAACUAACUCCUAAGGAUGUAGGGUUCUAUCAAAUGCGCAGUGUCUCGUAUGGACAAACUCUGGGUGAAAGAUUAGAUAAAUGCUUAUUAAAAACGUCAGCGAAUUUCUUGUGCUCUUUAGAUGUUUUUCAAAACAAUAGCCGUUAUUACACAAGUGAUUGUGACCGAUUAUGGCUCUCAAGAACUCUAGAAAAAUUCGGGAAAAAGGUGGAAAUAAAAGGCACUAUUAAAAGCAAACCAUCUGAUCCUGUUGUUGACUUAUCACUUUUAUCUUCAUUGAGUGAUUCAUUGAAAAUCUCUACACCUAUAGGAGGUGAGCACUGGAAGAAAAUAGAGAACAUAUUAGAUUUACCAACUUUAGAAAGGAAAAAGGUGUUGGUUUCUAAUAUAUAUUUCACUGUUCCGGCAAUAUCUGACGUAUAUGGAGAAGAUUCUAUUGCCAAAGUUCUUGUUCACAGUUUUGCGACGACAGAAAUUCCAAGGAGCAUGAGAGUUAUUGAACACAAUGGAAAUUUUUACGCCCUCGAUAACGAAAUAUUGUGGGUUUUGAAAGAAAUUGAGAAAAUUUUGGGCAGAUUGCAAGUUAUAGUUGAAGUAAAGAUGCAGAUGGACAGAGUCCUUCUCAGCAAUUUCACAUCUGAUAAAAUUGAAAAGGUUGAUAUAUCAGUAACAUCCGAUAGACAUACGAACGAGGAAAAUUUCAUCAUUCAAUAUAUAAAGAAUGUUUCUAUGUAAAUUAGCUGACUUUGGUUUCAUACUUUUUUCGUGAAACAUUUUUUUUUUCUUUUUUUUUUCGUGGUUGAGAGGGACCAUGAAAUUGAGGGAUGAACGUAAUACAAACUUUGCUUAUGAUAGAAUAGGACACAAAAACAGUCCACAAAUUUACAUACCAACAUUGUUUACCAAACCAGGAAAUCUGACACGUAUGAAAAUUUAAAAAAGUAU